CUAAAGACAGUAACGUAGGUACAGGAGGAGCAGAGGUGGCAGGGUGUCAACCAAUCAGCGAAGAGCUUUAUAUAUAACCAAUGAAGUUUAGAACAACUCAGGUUGGGGAGCGCAGGGAUGAAGAGCGCACGGGCGGUACGUUUCUUAACGAUCAAGCCAUGGAUGUAAUAUCACCUAGGUUACCCUAUCCCGUGGUGUGUAGCACUGCUAUCGCAACUCACAGAGAGUGGAAGUAGCUCUAAAACUCUAGUGAACAAAGACCAAGGAAUGCGCGUCUCUUCUCUCCGUUCGUGUUUCUCUGAUGCAAGUGGCAGGUGAGCUCCGUUGGUGCCCCGGCUGUGCUCAAUAUGCCCAUGGCCAUGACAGGUGCGGGAGGCUUGCAGUGCAGGCGCAACAGUAAACUAGACUCAUUUCUCAAGAGGAACACCGAGCGCGGGGUGUAUGAGCGGAUCCGCGCAUAUGAACCGUGCGUGGUGGUCUCGGAGAGGGUGAAUAAGGUGUUCAUGCAUGUCGUUCUCAGCGAUGAGUGUGUGUAUCUGGCUGAGUACCCGCCGCGCACCCUCACAACCGCGGUCGAUUUCAGACACAUCCGAGACAUCGAGUUGGUCAAUGAUCUACCAGAGUUCCUCAGUGGCCGGGACCGGGAGCGCUCGCAGCACAUUCGUGUGGUCUACGCCACUGCAAAGCCAUCUGGGAAGAAAAAUGGUCUGCUCAGAGGAGAACCUCGCGUUCCUCCCGUCCCCUCUCCUCGCCAGCACUGGCCCAUCUCCCCCUCCACGGAAGGUAUUGGUGGAACUCUCCUGUCGACCCUCUCAGAACCCCCAGAUAGAGACGGGUGGAACGUCUCCCCUGUCCCCAUGAGUAGGAACAGGGAAGAGGAGGAGGUGGAGGAGGAGGAGGUGGAGGAGGAAGAGGAAGAGGUGCUCCGACUGAAGACCACACGCUCAGCCUCCUGCCCUAACCCUGAAACACUUGGUCAGAGACAGGGUCUAAGACUGACCUUGCCUCGCCCUCUACCCCAUCCAGUUUCCCCAGCCCCAGCCCUCUCCCUCCACUCUCCCUCUUUCUCUCCCUCUCCCCCGGGUGACCAGACCCAGAUUCCCCCGGAGGCCCCUGUGGUGCCCAGGAGAAGAGGCUCGGUGCUGGCUCGCCUGCUGAAGAGAGAUAGGGUGGUCAAAGAGAGGGAUGGAGAGAAGGAUGAAGAGGAGGGAGGAGAGAGAGAGGCGGAGCUGCAUCUGUACGCUGUGUCGCCUACGUCUCGGAUCUACCUGCACCUGCAAAGCUCCUGGAACAGUUACAUUAUAAGGUCAACGUUGCUGUUGGACCCCCUCUACAGAAGGAGAUGCAAUGUCAUGUUGAGCACCUCCCCACAGAAACAACCCCCCAUUAGUUGGGAGCGUACAGCCCACCUGUUCCGACAGCUGAGCGGUGAGUUGCUUCAGGAGGGCAUCAGCCUGGAGAGCCUAUAUCUGCUCCUCCAGGAGCUCCGCACCGCAGCACACCGCAGCAUCACCCUCAGGAAACUCUUCUGGAGGUCCAAUGACAUGUUUCCAUUCCUGGUGCCGAUGCUGGAAGACUCCCUCCGGAGCUGUCAGAGGCCGGAGACCAACACAGCAGACAGCCUACUGCUGUGUACUCUGAUCGUUCAGACCCUGGCCUUGAUGUUCAGAGAGACAGAGAUCGAGCCGGCUCGACUCAACAUGCUUACGGCCAAGCAAGGUGCCCUGACAGCCAGGCUGUUACUAGCAUUGGUGUGUGACCCAGAGCUCCAGAGCCAGACACAGGGAUCGAGGAGAGUUUCCCCAGACUCAAGACAGGGCUCGCCCCCACAUUCAGAGCUGCAGGGCCUGUUCGCGGAGUACCUGGAUGCAGGGUGCUCUCUGCUAUUUGAACUGGUGGUACUCUGUCAGGAGGCCAGCCGAACUCCGUCUCCAGAGCAUUUUCUGACUGUAGGCUGGAUCCUGAGAAUACUGCAGCCUCAUCCCUCUUUGCUGUCGUUCGUGGGGUACCAGGCUCGGCAGGUGGUAGUGGUCCUGUCUGGGUCCCAGGCCCCUCUCAGCCCGUCCCAGGCUGCUUUGUUGUUCCAGCGCUGUAGGGUUCUGCUUGCCUGCCUGAAGUACAGCUCCCACCUUGGCCAGCACCUCCGCACGGAGUACAGAGAGGAGUUCAGGUAUUAUGUGAAGCUGCCCUGUGUGGAGGAGAAGUUGCCCCCCGACUAUCCCAUCAGCCAGCCUGCUCUACGCCUCGUCUCUCAACUGCUGGGACUUAUCAUACAGAAGUCCUGACCACAUACACUACAUUCAUUUCCUUGAUUCAUAGACCGAAGUACUUAUUGUCAUAUAUUUUUUAGAAGUAUACUGUAUAUCAGAGUUUCUUAAACUAUGGGUCGGGACCCAAAGUGGGCCCUGUGCAUGUGAGAUGUGGGUAGUGAGAUAUGAGAAUACAGCUACAAUCACAUUUCUUCUUAAUUUGGGUCGUUGGAGGACAAUUUGGGUCACAGAGGAUGGUCAUAUACUCUAUCAAACUCUCUCACAGAACAUAGGGACAGGACAUUGCUCUGGGAAGGUGUGCCUUUGUCUGAGUGGUGUGUGCUUUCUGAAGGACCUUAGAAGUUUCCUUUUACACCUGAGAGAGGUGGAGAUAAAUACGAUGCGAGGCAUCUCUCUCUUCUCUUCUCUCCUACACAUGGCCUUGUUCUCAGGUUAACUGUCAUGUAAUGGCAGUCAGAAUGGUCAGAUUGGUUCUAAUAAAAAUGAAUGAAUGUAAUCAAGGUACUGCAUAAUUCACUUUCUAGGAUAUUCAGCUUACACUAGAAAUGAAUAAAAAUGCCACUUGUUGAGCAAAAGGCAUGUUCCAAAGAUGUUCCUUAUUACUGUAGUAAAUUAUAUAGGCCUACUGAUUUGUAAGACCCUGUGUUCAGUAUUUACUUAGACACAUUAUCUAUUUGUUUUGAUUCAGAAUUGUAUGCAUUUAUUUAGAUUUUAUUGUAUAUCAUCAUCUGAGUACUCUCUGUGAGCGAAGGAUUGUAACCAAAGGUUUUCUAGAACUCAACCUUGUUAAAUGGCCUAAAAUAAAGAUACUACCAGCUCUA